CAAAAUAUCUGUCGAUCGACACAACACAGCAGUUAACUGAUGAAGGGCGUGGAAGACGACGGGCGCGGCAGAUCAGUGCCGUGCCUUGUCGCGGUGCGCUGCGUGGUGGCCACCGCGGUGAGCGUGGUGGCGUUCGUGAUGGUGGUCAUGGUGAUCAUCACGGUGCGGCGGCCGGAGGAGAUCCAGGUCGUCGUCGACCGUGGCUACGUCGCCGUGCAUGGUAUGGAGACGGCGGUGGUUGGAAACAUGACGGCGUCGGUGGCGAUGGCGCCGGCGCCCGCCGGCGGUCACCGCAGGUUGCUGUCGACCGCGGCUGCAAGAAAACUAUCAGAAGUGCAUGGUUCGGACACGCAGACGGUGGGUGGAGGCGAGGACGAGGACACCGAGGAGUACUACCCCACGUUCCGGAUCGUCCUCAAGGUCAGCAGCCCCACCGGGCGCGGCGACGACGUGAUCGACUGCAACACCACCAUCGGCCUGGUCGACGUCCUGGCGCCGCCGUCGGCGCCGGCGGGGAGCACGGACGCCGCCAUCGUGCUGUUCGGCGCCGUCAGGUUUUCGCUCGACAAGGAGUCGUCGCACACGUUGCUAGCGACGGCGACGAUCGGCCACGACGAGGCGCAGCGGCGGUACGUGACGGAGCGGUACCGGAACAGCUUCGUCUUCCAGGUGGCCGUCAAGGUGCAGAUGAUCGCUACUAGGCAUUCCUCUUCCACCACCUACACCUUCAAUUGCUGGCCCGUCACCGUCGGCGAUGGCUACGCCGCCGAACUCGUCGACGACGACGAUGUCCUCUGCACCAAGACCACCAGUCAUGAUAAGUGGAUUCCCAAGCUCCUCCACUUCCCGGCGCCCCCGCCGACCAGCUAGCGCACCUCAUUACCUCGAUCUGGAGUUUGGGGUUGCUGCCGCCCCUUGCCACCAUGCCGA